UCAAUUGCAACAAUAAUGAACAGCAUUUGUCUUUUAUUUAGCUGGCGGGUGGUCGACAUCCAGGGUUUGACGGCUACAAAGGCAGGAGACGAUAAGAAAAUCGAGGAUCUCGGCGACGAAGUGUUCGCUCGGCGGCACCGGGCUUUGGAGCAGAGGGAGAAGCGGCGCUGGUCGUCCUGGGAAAAGAGGAAGCGCUGCAGGCCUUCUACAAGAUCUGGCAGCAGGCUAUCAAGCAGUGGGGGCGGGAUGUGCACAUCAGGCGAGGAGAGCUCUGUGGAGUGGAGUUGUGCUCAGCUGGAUUCUGAUGAGCAGCCGCGGUCGGAGGAGUGGCUGCCUCGGGCACCUUGGGAAUCCCGAGUCUUUCCUCUGGAUGAGCACGAGGAAGCCGCUCUGCUCUCUGACGAAGAGAAAAUCCCGUCUGGAUGGACAGAAUCCAGCUGUAUGUCUUUCUCAUCAAAGUCCUCCAUCUUCCAUUCGUCCCCAACUCAGUCAGCCUGCACUCCACUGCCCUCUUCAGGACAAAAUACGACCUGCACGUCCAGUGGCAGCUGAGCUUACCUCUUUACAGCUCUCCUUACUUCAGGGACCACCAGCCAAAGGAAGUCCACAGGAAGACUGGAUACAGCCAAUGA